UUGUCAGAUUUACCAUAAAACAGAGUAGAAUAGUGAACGACUUCGUUUUUUGAAGAAUUAAUGGUUUUAGACAUUUUGUAUGUUUGCUAGAAAUAUUACGAAAUAGAAAACACAGAGUUUAUGUUAGAAGUGAUAUACGCAUAAUAUUUAUGUUAUUUGAAAGAUUGUUCCCGAAAUAUGAUGUCUCAGACUAUAAAUAAUAACGAAGCUUACACAGAUGUGGUGGAGUUGUGUGCCCUUCUGCAAUGCUUGGGCUUCAGCGUCAAAUCCCUUGACACCAGUGACGGGAAUGUGAGCCAAGAUGGCGCUGUCCGAAGCGUUGUUAUUAAUUGCCAGUCGUCAGGUCUUCACGUGGUGUUGGAGAGUCCCAGCCUGUCCUGUUCAUGUCCGACUACCAACCAUCAGAACAUCGGCGUCUGGCAGGUUUCGGGUGUUACUGGCGGGAAACAGCUGGACAAAGAGUUUGGUUGCUCAUUACUGGGUUCGUUACCAAAAAGCCACCGCGAAAGACUAGCGAAAGAGCUUCAUGAGAUGAUAAGAUGCAUCAAGGAACAUAAUGAGUCGGAUUCUGAACACCCUAAGGAGGCUAUAGCUAAUAAGUCCGCUAGCAUGAUUGAACUGAAAACUCCUGAUAAGAGUGAUUUUAAAAUAAAGUCAGACACACCAACGAGAUACAGGUCCUUGGAUACUCUCACAGCGGCCAGGAGGGACCCGCAGCUACCUGCUCCAGGACCACUACAAAAACUUGAUCUCGCUGACGCUUCUACUGAAGAAGGGAAAGACAAAAAACAGAUCAUGUGUCGAAGACAGAGUACCUACACCUUGUCUUCAACACCGGGCAGCGUUAGGAUACGCAACAAGACAUCAAGCCCUAUACAUGCCACUCAGAGCACGCUCCUAGAAAGUCUGUUCGCAGCUGAGAAAGCAGCCGAAGAGCUGCACAGCAAGCUCACGUAUGUGAUAAGAGAGUUUGUGGAAGACGGGAAACACGAUUCCUCUAUAUCUUCACUGACGCUGGACGUCUCCAAGAUUUCAUUAUUAAAGUGUUCCGAAGCUACAAAAGCUCAAUUUUCAUCAAGUCCGAAUCUAUCUGGUCUUGGUAAUACCCGGGAAGAUCUUACUAAGAGCAGGCUAAAGAGAUUCGAGAGUGCUUCUACAUCAAACCUAGGCCCAAAAUCUUCAAGUAAAGACAACAAACUGGCCUCAAAGUUGCGUCGAAUCUCGCCGAAUAUAUUUAAAAUCAAGAAAGAAGGUUCGAGUGUCAAAGCAGAAAAACCAAAACCGCAAGAUGCGAAAAGUAAACUCAACAUUUUAUUCAAACCGAAAAUCGUGACUCCUGUUCGUACCCCAAGAUCAAACGCGGAAGCAAGCCCAAAUCUGAGUUCGUCCAGAAAGAAGUUUAGUCACGUCAAGUCAACUAUUCCGAGGCCUGCCUCAAAGAAAGAAUAACUAAGAAAAUGAAGAGAGAUAUAUACAAAAAUACACCUGUUUAAUAUAGAUAAGUACUAACUAGAUAGCGGGCAGUGAUACAAUAAAUUAAUAAUUAAAAUA